GAGGGUGUGGGAGGAGGGAGGUGAGGCAGCUCCCUCCGAGUGGAAGCUCACAGUCAGCUGCAGCACCGCCCCCGGCCCUGACUGCAGCUGUCUGGUGGGGGCACCUGGAGGCAGCGGGUUCGGGCGCAGUGUGAGAGGGCUUACCCUCUGCGGCAGUGGGAGAAGGGACCAGGCGGCUCCCCACAUCCUUCCACAUCCGAGCUCCAGGGGUCUCUGGCCUGUCCUUUCACAGGGCGGCUGGUGUCCCUUAGGAAAAAAACAGACUGCAGCUGAUCCUUGGCCCUGAGUUUAGAGUGGGAGGCACCGUGACCCCAGUGCGCAGAGCAGGGAAUGCAGGGAGCCAUGGAUAGUGCUGGGGUGCCUCGGGAACCCUGAAGCUGGGCUGAGCCAUGAUGCUGCUGCCAGAACCCCUGGAGAGGGCCUGGUUUCAGGAGACUCAGAGUCCUCUGUGAAAAAGCCCUUGGAGAGCACCCCAGCAGGGCUGCACUUGGCUCCUGUGAGGAAGGGGCUUAGGGGCCUGGGCCCCUCCGCCUGGGCCAGGCUGGGAGCCAGGCGGGCGGCUGGGCUGCAGCGAUGGACCGUGAGCUGGCCCAGCCCGCGUCCGUGCUGAGCCUGCCUGUCUGUGGCCGUGCCCAUCAUGGGCUCCUCGGUGUACAUCACAGUGGAGCUGGCCAUUGCUGUGCUGGCCAUCCUGGGCAACGUUCUGGUGUGCUGGGCCGUGUGGCUCAACAGCAACCUACAGAAUGUCACCAACUACUUCGUGGUGUCGCUGGCGGCGGCCGACAUCGCAGUGGGCGUGCUCGCCAUCCCCUUUGCCAUCACCAUCAGCACCGGGUUCUGUGCUGCCUGCCACGGCUGCCUCUUCAUUGCCUGCUUUGUCCUGGUCCUCACGCAGAGCUCCAUCUUCAGCCUCCUGGCCAUCGCCAUUGACCGCUACAUCGCCAUCCGCAUUCCGCUCCGGUACAAUGGCUUGGUGACUGGCACAAGGGCUAAGGGCAUCAUUGCCAUCUGUUGGGUGCUGUCGUUUGCCAUCGGCCUGACUCCCAUGCUGGGUUGGAACAACUGCGGUCAGCCAAAGGAGGGCAAGAACCACUCCCAGGGCUGCGGGGAGGGCCAGGUGGCCUGUCUCUUUGAGGAUGUGGUCCCCAUGAACUACAUGGUGUACUUCAACUUCUUUGCCUGUGUGCUCGUGCCCCUGCUGCUCAUGCUGGGUGUCUAUUUGCGUAUCUUCCUGGCGGCGCGACGACAGCUGAAGCAGAUGGAAAGCCAGCCUCUGCCAGGGGAACGGGCACGGUCCACACUGCAGAAGGAGGUUCAUGCUGCCAAGUCGCUGGCCAUCAUUGUGGGGCUCUUUGCCCUCUGCUGGCUGCCCCUACACAUCAUCAACUGCUUCACUUUCUUCUGCCCCGACUGCAACCACGCCCCUCUCUGGCUCAUGUACCUGGCCAUCGUCCUCUCCCACACCAAUUCGGUUGUGAAUCCCUUCAUCUACGCCUACCGUAUCCGCGAGUUCCGCCAGACGUUCCGCAAGAUCAUUCGCAGCCAUGUCCUGAGGCAGCAAGAACCUUUCAAGGCAGCUGGCACCAGUGCCCGGGUUUUGGCAGCUCAUGGCAGUGAUGGAGAGCAGGUCAGCCUCCGUCUCAACGGCCACCCGCCGGGAGUGUGGGCCAACGGCAGUGCUCCCCACCCUGAGCGGAGGCCCAAUGGCUAUGCCCUGGGGCUGGUGAGUGGAAGGAGUACCCAAGAGUCCCAGGGGAACACGAGCCUCCCAGAUGUGGAGCUCCUUAGCCAUGAGCUCAAGGGAGUGUGCCCAGAGCCCCCUGGCCUAGACGACCCCCUGGCCCAGGGUGGAGCAGGAGUGUCCUGAUGAUCCAUGGAGUUUGCCCCUUCCUAAGGGAAGGAAAUCUUUAUCUUUCUGGUUGGCUUGACCAGUCACGUUGGGAGAAAAGAGAGAGUGCCAGGAGACCCCGAGGGCAGCCAGUUCCUACUUUGGACUGAGAGGAGGGAGCCCCAGGCUGGAGCAGCAUGAGGCCCAGCAAGAAGGGCUUGGGGUCUGAGGAAGCAGACGUUUCAUGCUGUGAGGCCUUGCACCAGGUGGGGGCCACAGCACCAGCAGCAUCUUUACUGGGCAGGGCCCAGCCCUCCACUGCAGAAGCAUCUGGAAGCACCACCUUGUCUCCACAGAGCAGCUUGGGCACAGCAGACUGGCUUGGCCCUGAGGCUGGGGAAUGGCUCCAACAGCCUCCUGCCACCCACACACCACUCUCCCUAGACUCUCCUAGGGUUCAGGAGCUGCUGGGCCCAGAGGUGACAUUUGACUUUUUUCCAGGAAAAAUGUAAGUGUGAGGAAACCCUUUUUAUUUUAUUACCUUUUACUCCCUGGCUGCUGGGUCUGCUGUCAGUCCUGCUGCUAAACCUGGCACCAGAGCCUCUGCCCGGGAGCCUCAGGCAGUCCUCUCCCACUGUCACGGCUGCCAUCCACUUCUCAGUCCCAGGGCCAUCUCUUGGAGUGACAAAUCUGGGAUCAAGGACAGGGAGUUGUAACGGAGCAGUGCCAGAGCAUGGGCCCAGGCCCCAGGGGAGAGGUUGGGACUGGCAGGCCACUGGCAUGUACUGAGUAGCACAGAGCUACCCGGUGAGAGGCCUUGUCUAACUGCCUUUCCUUCUAAAGGGAAUGUUUUUUUCUGAGAUAAAAUAAAAAUGAGCCACAUCGUGUUUUAAGCUUGUUCAAAUAAGAA